CCUGGGAUUCUGGGACCUCCCUGGGCAGGAUGAGUUCCAGGACCAGGCCCCUGGGCCAGUUUCACAGGGCUGAGCCUGGCCUGGGUUGUGUGGAGCUCGGCAGCAGGAGCCUGUGAGAGCCAAGCAUCCAGUCCAUAGGUCCCGUCCCAUCCAUCCUGACCUGUUCCAUCUUGACCCCAGGACCCAGCGCUGUGGUUGCCAACACUGCUGCCAGGCAUGUUGGACAGGCCACGUUCCGACGUGGGCCGUUGGGGUGGGAACCCCUGGCAUCCCCCUAGCACGCCUUCGCCUUCGCCAGAGCCAGAGCCAGAGAGACGCUCUCGCAGAGGAGGCCGUUCCUUCUGGGCUCGCUGCUGUGGCUGCUGUUCGUGCCGAAAUGCAGCAGAUGAUGACUGGGGACCUGAACCCUCUGACUCCAGGGAUCGAGGGUCCAGCUCUGGGACCCGAAGGCCUGGCUCCCGGGGCUCAGACUCCCGCCGGCCUAUCUCCCGGGGCAGUGGUGUCAAUGCAGCUGGAGAUGGCACCAUCCGAGAGGGGAUGCUAGUAGUGACUGGUGUGGACUUGAUGAGCUUGCGCUCAGACCGGAACCGCAGAGAGCACCACACAGACGAGUAUGAGUACGACGAGCUGAUAGUGCGCCGCGGGCAGCCUUUCCACGUUCUCCUCCUCCUGUCCCGGACCUAUGAAUCCUCUGAUCGCAUCACCCUUGAGUUACUCAUCGGAAACAAUCCCGAGGUGGGCAAGGGCACACACGUGAUCAUCCCAGUGGGCAAGGGGGGCAGUGGCGGCUGGAAGGCCCAGGUGGUGAAGGCCAAUGGACAGAAUCUGAACCUGCGGGUCCACACCUCCCCCAGUGCCAUCAUCGGCAAGUUUCAGUUCACAGUCCGUACACAAUCAGAUGCUGGGGAGUUCCAGUUACCCUUUGACCCCCGCAACGAGAUCUACAUCCUCUUCAACCCCUGGUGCCCAGAGGACAUUGUGUAUGUGGACCAUGAGGAUUGGCGGCAGGAGUAUGUGCUUAAUGAGUCUGGGAGAAUUUACUACGGGACCGAAGCACAGAUUGGCGAGCGGACCUGGAACUAUGGCCAGUUUGACCAUGGAGUGCUGGAUGCCUGCUUGUACAUCCUGGACCGGCGGGGGAUGCCAUAUGGAGGCCGUGGAGACCCAGUCAGUGUCUCCCGGGUCAUCUCUGCCAUGGUGAACUCCCUGGAUGACAAUGGAGUCCUGAUUGGGAACUGGUCUGGUGAUUACUCCCGAGGCACCAACCCAUCAGCGUGGGUGGGCAGCGUGGAGAUCCUGCUUAGCUACCUACGCACCGGCUAUUCUGUCCCCUAUGGCCAGUGCUGGGUCUUUGCUGGCGUGACCACUACAGUGCUGCGCUGCCUGGGUCUGGCCACCCGUACUGUCACCAACUUCAACUCCGCCCAUGACACAGACACAUCGCUUACCAUGGACAUCUACUUUGAUGAGAAUAUGAAGCCUCUGGAGCACCUGAACCAUGAUUCUGUCUGGAACUUCCAUGUAUGGAAUGACUGCUGGAUGAAGAGGCCCGAUCUGCCCUCGGGCUUUGACGGGUGGCAGGUGGUGGAUGCCACGCCCCAGGAGACUAGCAGUGGCAUUUUCUGCUGUGGCCCCUGCUCUGUGGAAUCCAUCAAGAAUGGCCUGGUCUACAUGAAGUAUGACACACCUUUCAUUUUUGCUGAGGUGAAUAGUGACAAGGUGUACUGGCAGCGGCAGGAUGAUGGCAGCUUCAAGAUUGUGUAUGUGGAGGAGAAGGCCAUUGGCACACUCGUUGUCACCAAGGCCAUUGGCUCCAACAUGCGGGAGGACAUCACCUACCUCUAUAAGCAUCCAGAAGGCUCAGACGCGGAGCGGAAGGCAGUAGAGACAGCAGCAGCCCAUGGAAGCAAACCCAAUGUGUACGCUAACCGGGGCUCAGCUGAGGAUGUGGCCAUGCAGGUGGAGGCACAGGACGCAGUGAUGGGGCAGGAUCUGAACGUCUCCGUGAUGCUGACCAAUCAAAGCAGCAGUCGUCGCACAGUGAAACUGCACCUCUACCUCUCAGUCACCUACUAUACUGGUGUCACUGGGACCAUCUUCAAGGAGACAAAGAAGGAAGUGGCGCUGGCACCGGGGGCCUCGGACCAUGUGACCAUGCCUGUGGCCUACAAGGAAUACCGGCCCCACCUUGUGGACCAGGGGGCCAUGCUGCUCAAUGUCUCAGGCCAUGUCAAGGAGAGCGGGCAGGUGCUGGCCAAGCAGCACACCUUCCGUCUGCGCACCCCAGAUCUCUCCCUCACGUUACUGGGAGCAGCAGUGGUUGGCCAGGAGUGUGAAGUACAGAUUGUCUUCAAGAACCCCCUGCCCGUCACCCUCACCAAUGUUGUCUUCCGGCUUGAGGGCUCCGGGUUACAGAGACCCAAGAUCCUCAACGUUGGGGACAUCGGGGGCAAUGAGACAGUGACACUGCGCCAGACGUUUGUGCCUGUGCGGCCAGGCCCCCGCCAGCUCAUUGCCAGCUUGGACAGCCCGCAGCUCUCCCAGGUGCACGGUGUUAUCCAGGUGGAUGUGGCCCCAGCCUCUGGGGACAGAGGCCUCUUGUCAGAUGCUGGAGGUGACAGUCACCUGGGAGAGACCAUCCCUAUGGCAUCUCGAGGUGGAGCUUAGCCCUGUGCCAAGAGCAAUGGGACUGGAGUCAGAUAAGCAAGGACACUGCCCCAAGAUGGGGGCCCACUGCAGAGCAGCUCACCAGAGCCUAGGUGGGGAGUCCAGGGCUCCUGGAGAGGGAGUCAGUCUUCACUUGCACUGGGGACACAGGUGCUAAUAAAAUAUUUUUUAAUGAA